AUGAGAGUCGUAACAGACUUCGUUUAUCUUUUUCCACCACCGAUUUACUUCUUUCCAGUGCUCCUUAUUUUAUCAGUUGACAAAAUAGACUGGCAUAAGACAACAACUGCAAUUGACGCACGCAAGUGCCUGGUUAGUGGUUCUGUAAAUGGCAGUGACCAACUAGUGACCUGGGUGUCCCGGGUUCAAACCGCUCCACCUCCGCCCGUCUUCCCUAUAUCUGUAUUUUCCCCAGGCAGCCUUUGUAUGGCCGCAGCCCCCUUUCUGGAAGUUGACUGUACAUUUGCUAAUGAUGCCUACCUGGAAUUGGCUAUUGGCAAUGCACCGUGGCCCCUGGGUGUAACCAAUCACGGUAUCCNUUACGCCAAGAACGUUGCCCACGUCCUAAACGAUGAGACCCAGCGCAAGUACAUUCAGGCGAUUAAACGGCUCAUGACUCAGGCGCAGCGGUUCUUUCCAUCUGAUCCAUCUAAAAGUGUAAACUAUAUGGGUUCUGCCUAA